ACCCCCAUAUCUCCACAUAACAAAACCAAAUAAAAACAACCAAAACAUCUCUCACAACCUUUCUAAACAACUAAACAAGAUUCAAGAACUACAAGAAAAGCCACCUUCACCUUUCAAAUUUUUUUUUUUUCCAGCUAACUAGCUCUUCAAAUGGCCACUUCAAUUUGUGCAACUGGGUUUAAAGGAGGUUUGUGUUCAUCUUUCCAUGGAAGUUGGGGAACUUCAAUGGUAGGUGAGGACUACAACAACACCAUGCUAGCCAAAUCAGUCCCAACCCAUAUCCGGGUCGGAAAACCGGUGCGAUCGCGACCAAUGAUGAAAAACGUGAAUGAAGGGAAGGGUGUCUUCGCUCCGAUUGUCGUCGUCACGCGAAACAUCAUCGGAAAGAAGCGGUUCAAUCAGCUCAGAGGCAAAGCCAUUGCUUUACACUCUCAGGUGAUUACUGAAUUCUGCAAAUCAAUAGGGGCAGAUGCAAAACAAAGACAAGGCCUGAUUCGUCUAGCAAAGAAGAAUGGAGAAAGGCUUGGAUUUCUUGCUUGAUGAAAAAAUAACAUGUAUGAGAAGUGUCUUUUUAGAUUUUAAGUUUUGAGCACUUUGAGGCAAAUAUAAUUUGUUAAUUGAAAUUUAGACUAGGUGUAUCCCUUAUUCUUCUUAUGCACUUUACAUUUAUCAAAUCUAAUGGGUAAUAUACAAUGAAAAUAGGGAAAAUUAGGUCGUUAAUUUUUUUUUCUUUCUUUUUUUUAUUAUUAUUUUUAUUGUGUAAUUUUAAUCUGUUCAAUUAUGAUCAUAAAUUUUUUAUCGUC